CGAACUGAUAUCCCUCUGGUUAACAUGCUUUCGUGUGUUUCUAUUUUGAAGGAAAUAAAAUUAAUCUUUAUCAGUCCAGUCUGAAAAUUCGGUUUACAAUAUUUGACGAACAAGGAGCUUGCAUGGCGUCAUAAAAACUUACACAGCUACGUAAAUAGAACACUCGUCAGAUUUUAAUAAAAGUUUCAGAAAAUAAUCGGCAGUUACUUCGUUUCUGUGGCUCACGCGACCAAAGAUACCAAUGGAAAUCACAAAAUCAGAGCAAGGACCUGUUGUAUGAAACUAAACGGCAUUUUGGGCAUACCAUGUGAAAAGUAGUAACUAACCUUUACGUGAUGUUCAAUUAUUUUGCGCAUAUGUAGUGUUGGUUGGGAAUUCGUGUGCGUUCAUGUACCUCAUGUAUUGCAAUGUGGGAGAUGUGUGCUUUGGUAUUGGGUGAGAAAGUGUGUGUAGUAUAUUUUAAUUAGGAAGUAUGUUUUGCAUAUUGUAAAGUACAGUUCCUUACUUUAUAUAUAUAUAUAUGCAAUUACAGACUAGGUUAUUAUUUUCAUAGACGGAUCAGGAACUAUGGCUUCGUUUUUACAGUUUGCAAUGAAACAUUACUUAGCGAAGGCAUUGCUCGUUAAAAACUCUCACAUGGAUAAGAUAGUAUUUUCGAAGCAGCAUGUUCGGCAUGUUCCCAGAUGGGCCCAUAGAAGACCCAUUCGUGUUAUUUAUGCGGAAGAUUCAGAGAAAGACAAAGCUAAAUAUGCUGAGAAACUAAAGAUUGAAAGAGAGUGUAUUCAGUCUGUAACGAACAAUCAGGAAAAACGUUUUGAAAAUGCAGAUUUGGUGGAUAAGGAUAAUGAAACAAUAAUUAGUAGUACUAUGCCAGUGAACACGUCCAGGUCUGGUACAGAUGUAAAUUAUGAUGAGAGAUAUACAGUGUCCAAUUCAAAGUUUCGCAAUGUUGAGGAUUAUGAAAGUGAUAUAGCAGAGGUAAAUAAGGCAGAAACCACACAGAAAAGCAGCACACAAUCGAAGAAGGCGAGAAAGUUGGAGGCCAAGAAGGAACGGAAAGCCAACAGAAUAAGAGAGUCUGCUGCCAAAGCAGGAGUGCCCGUGUAUACAAAGUUACCAGAUAAUGAUCCCAAGUUAAGCACUGUUAUGUUAAUUGCAAAGUCAAGAAAACAGAGGAAGAAAAGAAGUCUCAUUGCUCUUGAAGGGAAACGAUUAAUUAAGGAUGCUAUGGAAGCAGGUUAUGUUCCUCACAUGGUGUUCUUCAGCAGGGUAAAAGAUGCUGCAGACCUUAAUCUUCCCGAUGCCGGUGUUGAAUUGUAUAAAAUUUCAUACAAAUCAAUUUCAUUGUGGUCAGACUUGACCACUUCACCUGGAAUUUUGGGUGUCUUAAAAACCCCUGCUCUUAAUGACAAGAAACCUGGAAAGGAUGCCUUGCCUUUAACGAUUAUCUGUGACAAUAUACGGGAUCCUGGCAACUUGGGCAGUAUUCUCAGAGGAGCUGCAGGGGUGGGCUGUCAUAAAGUGAUCCUUACAAAAGGUUGUGUUGAUCUGUGGGAGCCAAAGGUAUUGAGAACUGGGGCAGGAGCACAUUUUCGAACUGCAAUUGUGAGUGAUGUAGAAUGGGAUGAGUUGGAGACACAUGUGGAUGAUGAAGGUAGCGUGUUUCUUGCUGAUAACAAUGCAUAUCUGUCUCAAGACAUACAAGAAGGUGAAGAUGGUGAUGUUGACAGUAGUGAUGAAGAUGAAGGGAAUAGGAUCAGAUGUAGUCCAGAAAUAUCAGAGCCUUUGGAAGUGUACAGAAAUAGGUUAAGCAAUAUUCCUGUUGUACCAUAUUUUGCUGUUGACUAUGUAAAUCAGAGUUCGGUCAUAUUGGUAAUUGGAGGAGAAACUGAAGGAUUAAGCAUCAAUGCGUUCAAAUUGGCUCAUGAUAGAUAUGGUGUUAGGUUGAAUGUUCCAUUGAGUAAUAACAUUGAAAGUCUUAAUUCUGGUACAGCCUUAGGCAUUAUAACAUUUGAAAUUAAAAGACAGUUCCUCACAAAACUUCAGCAUAAAUUUGUGGAUGGUAUUAAUGAAAAGAUGGAAAAAAUUCAUGUACCCAGUGUGUAAUGAAGGCUUAUGUCACCAAAAUGGUUAACUAUAUCUGUAG